GAAUGAUAAGAUUAGUCACAGCGACCUUGGCGGGCACAAAUUCUGUACCAGACGCAAUAGAAAUCUCCGCCAGUGUUGCGGUGAAAGGUUAUCUGCUGGCCGAAGUCGUGUUCGCUGUUUGCCGUCGUCGCGUGGUCCGAAACUAACCAAAACAAUGUUAGUACAAAUUUCAGAUUGACUUUGGUCAACGGGAAAGUGUCUGCCCAGUGUGUUACUGAUUCACUUCCUGCUCACAGCUCGAGUCUAUCCGUCGAACAGGAUGUUCCAGAAACGAUUCAUCAGUUUGUUGCAGCGUGCUAAUCGUUUACCAAAUUCCGUAACGACAACGAGAUAUUGUUCGGUGCUGAGUUCGGUGAAGUGCAAAAAAAUCAAUUACGAGAAAAUUGGUAUCAUUGGAGUGCCGUUCGAAAAAGGUCAACGAAAGCAGGGAGUCGGUUUGGGACCGAAGGCCAUUCGUCAGGCAGGAUUAAUUGAAAGUAUCCAGGAGAUUUCACACAGACUGAGUAUCCGCGAUUAUGGGGACAUUCAUUACGAUGCACUGAAUCUAACCGGGCGACAUACAGCGAAUAUGAGAAUGCUGGAACACGUGGCGAGUUGCACAAAACAUCUCUCGGAAAAGGUCGUGCAAGUGUUGAACGAUGAUCGCCUAUGUGUGACUCUCGGUGGCGAUCAUGCCAUUGCAAUCGGAUCCAUCGACGGCCAUCUGAAGCACUCUGCCGAUGUCGCUGUGAUAUGGGUCGAUGCACAUGCGGAUUUGAAUACAAAUGCGACUUCACCAUCGGGGAAUCUUCACGGGAUGCCUGUGGCCCUGUUAGCCAAAGAACUGGCGGAUUAUUGGCCUUACCUUCCGGGGAUGGAUUGGCAGGAACCGAUCAUUUCAAUCAAAAAUUUGGUGUACAUUGGACUUCGUUCGGUUGACCCUUUCGAACGAGCGAUAAUCGACAAAUAUAAUAUACAUGCCUUCGGUGUUCGGGAGGUUGAGAAGUACGGAAUCCGGGAGGUUAUGAAGAUGGCUUUGGAACGAGUAGAUCCCAACGGGACCAAAAGUUUGCAUGUUAGCUACGACAUCGAUUCGUUGGAUGUCCUGGAAGCACCCAGCACCGGAACAAGCGUCCGGGGCGGUUUAACCCUGCGGGAAGGUAUUUACAUUAUGGAGGAAGCAUACAACACUGGUCGACUGGCGGCCGUCGAUAUGGUUGAAGUUAAUCCCGCAAUCGGAACACCGGUUGAUGUUCAGAAAACGGUGAGUGCCGCAAUCCACCUACUGGUGGCCGCGUGUGGAAACAGCCGAAGAGGAAAUGUUCCGGAUACGUUAGACUUUACAAAAGAAAAGUGAGACUGUGUGACGCGUUCGAGUGAAAGUGUUUCGAUGAUUACUUAUCGCUACUGUGCUGAUGUAUGCUAUUUUUCUUUGUAUAAAUAAAAUAACAGUUAAUAAAUUA